GAAACUUUUGGUCCACGUGGUUGGUGUUAGAAUUGAGGAAACUCAGUUACCAUAUUCAGUGCACAGUUGAAGUAGAAUACACCAGCCUGAGGUAAGAUGAUCCUUCAAUUGUGUUCACAUUAAUUCAUUAAUAAUUAAAAAUCAAUUGUAGACUAUAGUUUGGGUUUGAAUUUAAUGGCUAGUUUGAUUACAUUGUUCUAUCAAAAUGAGGUUUUUGAAAACAUACUGUUCACAUCUAAUCAGCUGUACCAGUAGCAAUGCACACUUAUGCCAAGAUGUUAGCAUAGACGUGCCUGAUCUCUUUCCUCCUAACAGAAUAGAGAUUCUAAAUUGAAACUUGCUAGUUUCUCACUAACUCCCUGAAAUGUUCACUGUGCCCUGGCUUUUGUAUUACAGUAGUUGACUUCUCUGCAUUUCAGAACAUGGGCUGCUCGGCACUGGUCAGGCUUUUCACCACAGACUACAGGAAAGGCUGGAGGGACCAUCUCCUCCAUUUCCUUUCCUCCUUCCUCCUCAGCCUGUUUCUGGGCUCUCUCCUCUUCAUUGGCCUCCUCUUCUCCCUCCGCUACAACCUGGUGGCCUGCGCAAUCAUCUCUAGCAGCACCAUCAUACUCCUGACCACCUCUCUCUUCAUCUCCCAGAGGGUGCGAUGCUUCACGCUCCUCUUCCUCAUCUCCUGCUCCCUUAAGCAGGGUAGGAACUUACUCCUGGCCGCCGGCAUGGGGCUGGUGUUCCUGUGGAAUGUCAGCAACACCUUCAGGAACCUUCACCAGGUGGCCCAGAGCAUAGUGUGCAACCUGAAUAAGGAGGUAGACUUCCAAGUCAGGCUUCCCCCACCCCUGAGGACCUGCGUGGACAUGAUCAGGAAGGUGGCUGAGAGGAUGAAUACACUCGCCGAAUUUGGUGUGGUCCGAUUUGAAGUAACCACCACAGUGUCAGGUCGCGUGGAGGAGGAUGAGGUGCGGGAGAAGCUCCAGGAGGUCAGGCAGAUGCUGAAUGCCACGGCAGAGACGGCGGAAGCCUUCUACAACACAACGGUCUCUGUCGGACAUAAGGUGGCUCCGGGGUUCGGCGUUAUCGUCCUGGCGGUGACCACCAUUCUGUUCUUCAAGAAGUACAGACAAAACAAGAGGUACCAGAACUCCUACAUCACGCCCGAGUUCAUCCGCUAUGACGAGCAGCAGAAGGCGGAGGGGAAGCCACACGUCCUGCCUCUGACCAAGAAAGAGGCGAAACGCUACCCAUCUAUCCCCUCCGCUUGCCCCACACUCAGCGACGGGAAGAGUGCCCUGAUUUUCUUCAUCCCUGUUGCUGUCCACCUCCUCACUUGGUCCGCCCUCAUCGGCCUGGACGCUCUGCUCUACUGGAUCAUCCAGACCGUCAACAGGCACCUGACACAGUCCAGGCCCAUUCACGUCCCACUGGAGGUGUCUGUGAAUAAUUACCAGAUGCAGUUCUCUUACUCCAUUGAGAUGACCAAGAAGGAGUGCCUGCCCCAGCCCACCUUGCUCAUCUCUCAGUCACUGGUCCCACUGUCCGUCAUCCUGGUUGUCGUGGCAAUCAUGGGCCUUCUAUCUCCCAAGGCUCUCCAAGGCAAGGUCCUGCUGAUCGACAGAUUCUACUGUGACUGUGCAACAGACAGGGCCCAGCACCUGCACGCUAAAAUCGUUCGCAAGAGGUCCAAAAAGAAACUGAGAGGCCUCAAAAGUACUCUUGUGCGCUACGGAAAAAACGUCAAAUUCUGGUUUCCCAUAUUCUUCCCAAUGAGAAGGGAUGAUGGUCUUCAACUUCCUGACAUUCUAUAGAAGAUAACUGCAUACAUAAUUACAAUGGCACACAUUUUACAUUUUUGCUUAUCAUUUUUAGACAGCUAGUGGUAAUCAUUGGAAGUGUUCAGUGAUAAUUAUGAAUUCAUGCAUAUUUGGGCUGUAGACUGUUUACCUUUUGUGUAUGUUCUCUGCAUUUAUUAAGCAUUUAGAUAUAGAUUUAGUCCAUUAUCAUGUCAGGGCUUUAAACAAAAGUGUUAAAAGACCAAACCUUUUAAAUUUCAAACAUUUACUUCUGUUUUGCAGCUUGCAAACUCUACUGUCAAAACUCCUGAAAAUGAACCAGAUGUACAGGAGAGUUCUCACUGUUGUAAUUGUAUUAAACAUCAAUGUUCAUGUUCAGUUAAAGAA